UUGUUGUUUCUGGGGCAUAAAAAGUAUCUAGCCAGUUAGAACAGUCGGCUAUUUAAGAAUAUAUUUAAUUUAGGUCCGUUGAUAUAAUUGAAUCGAAAAUAACUGUUCGUCGUGCUCAUUAUAUGAUAGCGUUGGUUACGUGAAGAGUCGGUGGGAAAGAUCGGUGUGGAAUUUUCACUUGUAUUUGUUUUUAUUCCGUUUUUCCCAAAGGACAGGGUGGUAUUUACAGCUGAUAAGUGGCUCCAGGCUUCACAUACAGCCAGAACUGAUGGACAGUCAGUACCAGCGCUCUGUACCACUGGAGGUGAGGAGGGCAGAGGGUGAGAGGGUGCGAGCCAAGCAUCCCGACAAGAUACCGAUCAUCGUGGAGAGGGCUGCCAGGUCGAGAGCUCCUGACUUGGACAAGAAGAAGUACCUCGUGCCCUCUGACCUCACAGUGGGUCAACUGUGCUUCCUGAUCCGACAGCGUGUGUCUAUGAGACCUGAGGAAGCUCUCUUCUUUUUCGUCAACAACUCCCUUCCCCCAUCCAGUUCUCCUCUCUCUGCUGUCUAUGAGGAGCACCAUGAAGAGGACCUGUUCCUAUACAUGACCUACAGUAAUGAGAGCGUCUACGGUGCCUGAGAAGGGACAAAAAGGAGGAAAGCGAGAGAGAGAGAGAGAGAGACAGGAGAUGAAGAGAGGAUAUGGGAGAGAGCUCUUUGUAAUGUUUCACCACUAUUAUUCUAAGUGUUUAGGAGAUGGCUGUGGGGAGGAGAGUUGGUGGGGAGGGUUUGUAUAAGUUUUGUCAGUAUUUUUGGGGUGAUCAUAUUGUGUGUCAGUAUCCUCUCAACCAUGGUAAGGCAUUCUGAAUUUGAAAAAUAAGGGGGGAAUUGGAAAGAGUGGGAGUGAAAAAGAGAUUUGAGUUCAGAUGUGAAAGAAGAGUGUUAAGGGGAAAGCUCUUGAUUUCCAUCUUUCUUUCUCAGCCAGUCAUCUGUAUUUAAUGCAAAUAUUAUUAUUUUUUGUAAAUUAAUAUCAUGGAGUUUUUGUGGAAAAUAAAAUCCAAAAUGCAUGGUUUUCUA